ACCCUAUGACGCGCCCAGGAGCCACUUCCUCCUCCCUCUUUGUUGCGUCACGGGCUUCCCUGCGCGUCACGUGACUCCGGCUCGCCUGCGCAGCCAUGAUGCAGGAAGAUUUGGACGAUGGCCCCGAUUUUCUUUCAGAAGAAGACAGAGGACCUAGACCAAUCAAUGUGGAUCUUCAAACAGAUGGCACUCUUCAGGUUGACAUUUCUGAUGCUCUUAGUGAAAGAGAUAAAGUUAAAUUUACAGUUCACACAAAGAGUACCCUCCCUAAUUUCAAACAAGAUGAAUUUUCUGUAGUUCGUCAGCAUGAAGAAUUUGUCUGGCUUCAUGAUGCUUUUGUUGAAAAUGAAGAGUAUGCUGGCUAUGUGAUCCCACCAGCACCUCCAAAGCCUGACUUUGAUGCUUCAAGAGAUAAACUGCAGAAACUUGGGGAAGGAGAAGGAUCAAUGACGAAGGAAGAAUUCACAAAGAUGAAACAAGAACUUGAAGCUGAGUACCUGGCUAUAUUCAAGAAAACUGUUGCCAUGCAUGAAGUAUUCUUGUGUCGUGUAGCUGCACAUCCAGUUCUACGAAAUGACUUAAACUUUCAUGUAUUCUUGGAAUAUAAUCAAGAUCUGAGUAUUCGAGGAAAAAAUAAAAAAGAGAAACUGGAAGAUUUCUUUAAGAAUGUGGUAAAGUCGGCUGAUGAAGUUCUUGUUGCGGGUGUUAAGGAUGUUGAUGAUUUCUUCGAGCACGAGAAAACCUUUCUCCUAGAAUAUAAUAACAGAAUAAAGGAUGCAGCUGUCAAAGUUGACAAAUUGACAAAAUCACAUAAAAGUGUGGCUGAUGACAACAGUAGAAUUAGUUCAAUAUUGUACUCCUUAGGAACGCAAGACUCAACAGAUUUAUGCAAAUUUUUCUUGAAGUUAUCAGAAUUAUUUGAAAAAACAAGGAAAAUAGAAGCACGAGUAUCAGCAGAUGAAGACCUAAAGCUUUCUGAUCUUUUGAGGUAUUACUUAAGAGAAUCGCAAGCUGGUAAGGACCUCCUUUAUAGACGAGCAAGGUCUUUGGUGGAUUAUGAAAAUGCAAACAAGCUGUUGGAUAGAGCAAGAGCUAAGAACAAAGAUGUCCUUCAAGCUGAGACCAACCAACAGUUCUGCUGUCAAAAAUUUGAGAAGCUGUCAGAGUCGGCAAAGCAAGAGCUUACAGACUUCAAAACUCGAAGAGUUGCAGCAUUUCGAAAAAACCUUGUAGAAUUGGCAGAACUGGAACUAAAACAUUCCAAGGGACACUUGCAAUUGCUGCAGAGUUGUCUAGCAGCACUCAAGGGGGACAGUUAACUAUUUUAUGGUUGUUGUAUUAACAAGGGCUGUGUAUAUCGACUCUACAAGGAGAUCACUUGGUAAGCUUUCAUGGUUCCAUAAAGAAGAUUGACUGCAAGAAGGCUCUUUAUACAGCAGAAGUAAACAGCAUUUUUGCAUCUGACGAGAAAAGAGAAAACUUGUAUCAAGAAAUCCCAUUCUGAGAUGCCAUAUAAUAUGUCACUUGCAUUUGAUUGUCCAGAAAUCAAAAUAUUUUCAUUUGCCAAUAUCUUAAAUAUUAUUGUACAUUUAAUUACCAACUAUAUUCAUUUUUACAAUAUCAAAGGCACAAUUUGGAUGUUUUUUAAAAUAAAGGUAAAAAUAAAAUGCAAUACCAUUAAAUGUAUUCCAUAUAGUCAAGUGCAUUGUUUGGCAUUUAGUGCUUUUCCAACAACUUUAUGACAAUUAGUCUUCAUUUUUUAUAUUGGUAACAUUUAUCUUCAACUAAAAAUAAUGUUAAAACUGAAUAUAAUUUCUAAAUUUAAUGUAUAUCUGCCUUAAACUCAGAGAACAAUUCCUAAUCAUUGUAUAAUAAACAAGUACACUAGAGAAUGUUUAAA